AUGUCAUUGAGGAGCAACGGUCGAAGGUCUAGGCGCGAAAACGAGACCGCCAGUACAUCUGCAGGGACAAGCCACGUUUGCAGCGAGUGUGGAAAAACAUUCGCCACGACUUGCCACCUCAAAAGACACGAGCGCACCCACACGGGAGUAAAAUCCUUCCAAUGCUCGUUUUGCCGAAAGUCAUUCGGAGAAGCCGGUACUCUCAAAGUGCACACGCGCAUCCACACGAGCGAGCGUCCCUUUAAAUGCUCGGUGUGUAAAAAGCGCUUCACCCAACCCAGUAAUCUCACGGUACACAUGCGCUACCAUACGGGUGAAAAGCCCUUCCAGUGCUCCCAAUGUCCACGAGCUUUCAAACAAAAAGGCGGCCUCACGACCCACAUGCGGAGCCACACGGGCAUCAUUUAUGAUCGAUGCUCCGUCUGUCAGAAGGCAUUUUCCGACCCGAGCAACCUCAUACGGCACAUGCGCAUCCACACGGGCGACAGACCCUACAACUGUACCAUGUGUGAUAAAACAUUUAUCACCUCCAGUGAUCUCGUGAGGCACAAGCACACCGUACAUAAGAAAUAA